AGUGGCGUUAUUUGCUAACUAAACAGCCGUUACAUUUAUGUCCAAGCAGAACAAAGUGUGAAAAAUGCAAAAAGUGUUAACAGUGUGAAGACAAAAUAUUUGACUGCUUGCAAAAUUGUAAACGCGCAAAAAAUAAUUAAAUUAAAACUGUUAUUGCGAACACGCCGUUUUGGCUCUCUGUCAGCGCUCUCACAUGGCGGGUGCUUCCUUGUUUAUUAUUUUUUUUUUGCGCUUGAUCUUGAACUCAAAGCAAACAAAAACAACGCGAAAUCCCCAGCGCGGCUAACGGCUCAGCAAGUGCAAGCAAAGAUAGAAGAGAUGGAAGAAAACCCAGAGGAUGGAUGCCGGAGACUCAGCCAGCCAUUGCAUUGCUUUUGAUUGCUUUUGUAUCAUCUUUGAGAAUCUUUGGCGAUGCAGCGCCCACUCGUUACUAAAAAAAAUUUCGUCGCAAAAAUGGUUUUUAUUUUUGGUGAUGAAGUUGCGGCGGUUACACCAGCAACAGCAACAACGUCAAGCUCUGCAUGCUGCUCAAAAGAUUUGUACUGAAAUGCAUUUAAGAUAAGAUGUCAGACAAGAAAUAUAAGUUCUGCCGCAUAACGCAGUCUUUACAAGUUAACUCGAGGCCUAGAGGCAGACCUCGCAAGUACAAAAUGGAACAUCAGCUCCAGCAUUCACAUCCGCAGCUGCUGCAGCCCCUCCAACAACAACCGCAGCAGCAGCAACAGCACCAACAACAACAAGCACAGCAACACUUUCAACAUCACUACCAGCCUUUGCCGCCCCAGCCAAAAGGACGCGGCCGACCACGUGCGACAUACGCGCAAACCGGUGAAUUCGAUUUGGGACUGAUACGUGAAUAUCGCUCCCGACCCGUGCUCUACGAUCGUUCCUCGAAGCGUUACAAGGAUAAGCUGUUUGUGGCCCAGCAAUGGCAGCUCAUCUCACACAAAUUGGGAUACGAUGUGUCCUUGCUGCGCGAUCGCAUGUUGCAGUUGCGCAACCGCUUCAACAUUGAGAAGCGACGCCUCGACAUGCUGCGUUCCGAAAAUCCCAUGUCCUAUGUGGCCUCCCAAUGGCCGCUGUACGAGAGUCUCAACUUCUUAGCGGACCAUAUACGCACACGUCGCUCCUUCAAGUCCCUCCGGCAUUCUGUCGAUGGAGGGCAGGACGAGGAUGAGAAUUACGAGCUGGAUGAUAUGCGCAGCGAAAGCGAAGGACACGGACCACACAUCAAGCUGGAGCGACACGAUGACGAUGAAAACGAACAGCGUCUCGAUGAGGAGGAGUACGAUGAUGAUUGCGAGCAACAGCUGCCCGUCACCACAGUGCUAAGCAUACCCCAUUCGGAACCGUCCAUGCACAGCUACAACAACAAAAUGCAUUUGAAUGGCACAAAUGGUAGGAGCGCGCCCAGCUCCUCCAGUUCGGCGGCCACUCUCAUCAAUCCCAGCAUGCAUCCGCAUUCCCAUCAUCGUGCCAUGCCUAUGAUUCUGUCUGCUGCACCCAAACUGGAGCAGCCGCCACCACCGAAGCGUCGCUGUGACGACGCCAGAGUGGUUGUCAACCAAAAAUUUCAGGCUUUCGGCGAUUUUGUCAGCCAUUCCCUUAACGAUUUGCCACAAAACGUAGCCCUCCUUUUGGUUGAGAAGUUCACCAGCGAAUUGGUUCAGGCAACACUGCGAGCCAAUGCCGAGCCCCAGACCGAGCAACAACAACAACAACAGCAGCAGCAGCAACAACAACAACAACAAAAACCAAAGCAGCAACAACCAAGCACAGAUGAUGAAGAAGAAGAAGAGGAGGAGGAGGACUAAGAUUUACUGCAGCUCUUAUCAACCCCCACCACCCCCCUGUAGGUUUGCAAUUCACCACGAACAAGAUAUUUAGCCAGUUUUUAGAUAUAAGCUAAUUUGUAAGUGCUGCAUGUAGUGUAUAAAUAAAGUGUCGCAAAAAACAACAAAA